UAGGUCAUCCCUGUGAGUGAGACAAACCAUUUUCCAUAGAAAUGGAGGGUGUCAAAACCAAGCCCCUUCUUCACACACUUAGGUUCUCCCCUCUCAUUGCCCCGAACCGUGUUUUCGCGGUAGUUUACACGUGUGCCAUUUUGGCUCUCCUCUAUCACCAUGCAAUCACAGUCUUCCACUCCACCACCUUACUCUCCUUCUCCAUCCCCAUCACCUUAUUAAUCUCCGACGUAAUUCUAGGGCUCAUGUGGGCUGCCAAGCAGUCUUUUCGCAUGAAUCCGGUCCAUCGCCAAGUUUUCCGAGAAAAUCUUGAGAAAAUCAUGAAAGAAAAUGAUUUUCAAGCUUUGGACAUAUUUGUAUGCACUGCAGAUCCGUAUAAAGAGCCACCGAUGAGUGUCGUGAACACGGCCUUAUCGGUCAUGGCUUAUGAUUACCCGACUGAGAAGCUUUCGGUCUAUGUAUCGGACGAUGGAGGCUCUGCCAUGACUCUCUUUGCUUUCAUGGAAGCUGCUAAGUUUGGAAGCCACUGGUUACCCUUUUGCAGGAGGAACAAGUUAGUAGAGAGAUGCCCCGAUGCGUAUUUUAGAUCAAAUCAUCAUCAGAGCUCUGAGGUUGAACAAAUUAAGUUGACAUGGAUAGGCCCAUAAGGCUUACAGUCUACAGCAAACAACCCCAAGCCCGUCGCUUGGGACCCAUAGCAUAACUCGGCUGGCAAAGCCCAGGACAGCUGGAGGCCAUCUGGGCAUGGAGGGCCAAUGACAUUCGGGCACAUGACAGGUGAAACACAGGCCACAUCAGCAAACAAAGAUC